GGUUUUCAGGUAUGUGAGACGAACGGAGGAAGCAAACAUUUUUCGGAUUGCUCCGCAAAUGGUGCCGUCUGUUCUGCUUUAAUGUGACUGAUCCUGCCUGCUCGACUCGUCGGCUGGUUAAAACCCAAGUAGAAGAUAUCAUAAACGCGACGUUUUGUUUUUUAACUGAUAUUUGGGACGCCUCGGCUGAUAAAUCGGGAGCUUGAGUGCGAGGUCCGGAGAGGAGAAGAAGAAGAUGGGGUGUACUCUGAGCACGGACGACAAGGCGGCGCAGGAGCGGAGCAAGAUGAUCGACAGGAAUCUGCGAGACGACGGAGAAAAGGCUGCUCGGGAGGUCAAGCUGCUACUUCUCGGCGCUGGGGAGUCUGGAAAAAGUACCAUUGUUAAACAGAUGAAGAUUAUCCAUGAAGCAGGCUACUCAGAGGAGGAGUGUAAGCAGUACAAGGCUGUGGUCUACAGCAACACCAUUCAGUCCAUCAUCGCCAUCAUUAGAGCCAUGGGACGCCUCAAGAUUGACUUUGCUGAUCAAGCCAGAGCAGAUGAUGCGCGACAGCUGUUUGUCUUGGCGGGUUCAGCAGAAGAGGGCUUCAUGACCACCGAACUGGCUGGGGUCAUACAGCGGCUGUGGAAAGACGGAGGAGUUCAAGCCUGCUUCAGCCGCUCCCGAGAGUACCAGCUGAACGACUCUGCUGCAUAUUACCUAAACGAUCUGGACAGGAUAUCCAACAGUGCUUACGUUCCCACCCAGCAGGAUGUGUUGAGGACCAGAGUCAAAACUACCGGUAUUGUGGAAACACACUUUACUUUCAAGGACCUGCACUUCAAAAUGUUUGAUGUAGGUGGACAGAGAUCAGAGAGAAAGAAGUGGAUCCAUUGUUUUGAGGGAGUCACCGCCAUCAUCUUCUGUGUGGCUUUGAGUGACUACGACCUAGUGCUGGCUGAGGAUGAGGAAAUGAAUCGAAUGCAUGAAAGCAUGAAGCUGUUUGACUCCAUUUGCAACAACAAGUGGUUUACAGAGACCUCCAUCAUCCUCUUCCUCAACAAGAAGGACUUGUUUGAGGAGAAGAUAAAAAAGAGCCCCCUUACAAUCUGCUUCCCUGAGUACGCAGGCUCUAACACGUAUGAGGAGGCUGCAGCAUAUGUGCAGUGCCAGUUUGAGGACCUAAACAAGAGAAAGGACACCAAGGAGAUCUACACCCAUUUCACCUGCGCCACCGACACCAAGAACGUGCAGUUUGUGUUCGAUGCCGUCACUGACGUCAUCAUCAAGAACAAUCUGAAAGACUGCGGCCUUUUCUAAAAGGCAGCUUGGUAUCCAGUUUAAUGAGUGACUUUAUUCAAGGAGGAGUCUGAGUGGAGGAAACUUGACGGAUGUCACUUUUAACCUCUUAUUAACUUAUGUUCAUCUCUAAAAGUUUAAAAGGUGGUGUGUAGAGGAAGCAUUUUGUGUAAAAUAUUUGUACAACUGUCUAUGGCCAGGGACUUUUUUGUUUUCCACUGUUUUUAAAAUGUGCUUCUUUUACCUUAUUAAUUUUAUGUAAAAAGGGGGGCCUUUGCUUUUUUUGUGUGUGUGUGUGUGUGUGUCUGUGAAUCAACGUUUUGUCUUUUGUAGUUGCUUGUGCCUUGCAUGCCUUAGUUGCAGUGUUCUUUCUUUAUUAUUGAGUUAUGUUUAUUUAGAUGCCACCAUUUAACUCUUCUCAAGUCCCUUGAAUUCAUAUUAUGUUCAUUUUUUAAAAUUCUGGCCAUUUCACUGUUUUUAUAUAUAUAUA